CGACGUGCAGGCGACGGAACAAGCGCAUUAGCAUAGACUUACUAUCUGUACUACAAAUACUCUCUCCGCACCGUGAAUUGUGCAAAACUGUGCUGUGAACCCAAAUAUUGAAUACAUACAAGUAUAAGAAAAUAAAGCCGGAAUCGCUACUUAAAAGUUCUUUAGACACUGUUCAGUUGCUCGUAGCUGCAAAUCAAAUUCGCUGUCUGUGCUCGGAUCAAAACAGCACGUGCUGCCCCCAACACCCAACACUCACCACCCCAUCCAACACCCAAGCACACAAGCAAUGAACGCGAUGCAAGCAAAGCUUCUGCUGCUGGCGGUCUUCUACCUCAGCUACGUCUGCUGCACACCCGCCUACGGGGAAGGUGGCUCCGGCUUGCCAGCCACCGCUCAAGGCUCCAACAGCCAUGGGAAUGCCCUGUUGGUCAGCGAAGGAGACGCACUGGAGGACAGCAAUGCUGGUGGAGGCGGCGGAAGCAGCAACUACGACAAACGCGCCGAACGCUACGCCUUCGGGCUGGGCAGGCGCGCCUACAUGUACACGAAUGGCGGAGCCGGCAUGAAGCGUCUGCCCGUCUACAACUUUGGACUGGGAAAGCGUUCUCGUCCCUACUCCUUUGGCCUGGGAAAGCGCACCGAAUACGACUAUGACGAAGGCAGCGAGUACAACAAUGCGGCUGCUUUCGAUGCGCCAGCGUCUUAUAUGGCAGAUGAGAAACGCAAUCGACCCUACAGUUUUGGCCUAGGAAAGCGGGGUAUUGAUGAGGUGGAUCGACGCACCGUGCCCAACCGGUACGGCUUUGGCCUGGGCCGGCGUUAAGCCCUUAUCGGUAUACUUAGUAUGGAUACAGUGGCGCGCACACAAAUGGCACACACACACACGCACACCCCGUGCCAACGCGACACUCCAGCCGUGUGUCCUUUGUAUGUGCGGUCCUUUUAUGACGCAAUUAUUUAACUAUUAAAUCAAAUUGUUGUUGCUCAGCGCAGUCUUUUCUAAAUGCACGUUAAUAAAGGAACAUUUCAAAAGUACGAUAACUAAGUAAUCUAAACGUCUUCGAAAGAAACUGAAAACUAUGCACAUGUCCUUCGUCUUCAAUGAAAACCAACAAUUGAUGGCUUUAGUUUAUUUAAUUUAUUUUAUUAAUCACGUAUUGAGUGUUGUUCUGCAGCAACUUUUAAGCUCUUCCUAUAUUACAACCAAUUUUAAAAUGCAAUACCAAUUUUAAAAUUGAACAUUUACAUAUGUAUGUAAUGGCAAAUAAAAGUAGCUGGUGUGUGCAAUUAUAUGUAUUUACCAACAUAUUGUACGUAUGCAUAUUCGAUCCACUUAAAUAUACAUAAAUAUACAUAAAUAUACAUAUAUAUAGACAUAUACUUACUACUAUUAUACAUACUAUAUGGUAUAUGAUGUACAUUUUAAUGGGGCAUAACUUAUUAUAUGGGGCACUCUCGCAAGGAGCAAACAAGCAGCACAAGGAGCGGCAUUCGUUAAAACCAACCAACAACAACCACCUAAAUCAGAAAAAUGAUGUAUGACAAAUGUAUCGAUGUAACGAUGUAUGUGUUUUAACAAAGUGAUUAUUAAUUUUACUACCUGUAAUUUUGUUUUGUGAAUAUAUUUAAAUAAACAUGAAUUUUAGCACAGCAAAAUUGUGCAAACUUAA